AUGAAGACGUCGGCGCAGAAUCUUCAGAAAAUCCAGAAAAUCCGAAUUCAUCGGAUCCGAAAGCUCCCGCGUGGUUUCCCUCCUCGAAAGGGCGGUCCAUUGUGUGGGAACACAUCACAUGGGUACCUCAGAGCCAACGGGCGGCUUGUAACUAUUGUCCGGCGGAAUUUCAGAUCAAGGGCGGAACGUCUGCUCUCCUCCGUCACCUGA